AAAGUGAACGCUGAGAAUGGCUGCGCUGCUAAAGCACAUCGGUGUGUUGGCGUAGUGGGAGGAGGACUCAUGGGCAGACAGCUGGCGACGGCUUUACUGCGUGCAUCCAGCCUCGAGCCUCGCCACAUCAACAUCUCAACCAGAAGACCUGAGACAUUAGGCGGCCUCUUCCUGGAUCAGAGAUGGGUAUCUGCUGUGCUCUACAGUCUCCUCAACAUGUGCACGGCUCAGAAGCUGGGCGCCGGAAAGACUCUUCGGCUGCUAAACGGGCUGUUUGAGACAAACACGUUUACUUAUCACAGUCUUGUAAAUUCACCCAGUGCAUCUGAUCUCAAUAGCCCUGAUGACCUUUUUCCGUGGAUGAGUUUGGUUGAUGCACAAACUAAAGACACUCCAUUGACUGAUUUGGUGUUGAGAGAUAAAGGUUUGCGAGACUGCUUUUCAGUUAUGUACUACAAUGUAUUCUCAAACUUAGCAGAAGGAUAGGACAUCAUUUUGUUCAGUUCAAUGAGACGGCAAUUAAAUUGUGCAACAUUUAAAUUUGAGUGUGUACAUUUUUGUGUUCGUGUUCAAUCUGUUUAUCUUUAACCAGCAGGUGUUUGUAAGGUGAAGUCUAAAAUAAGUGUUAAUUAA